GCAAGUUGGGGACUUUCACAGAAUGUGAUGCAUCUCAGCCACAGGACUAGGGACCAGCCAGCAAGGACUCAGCAGGUCAUAUCAUAGACUGUAGAGACUGUCAGAGUGCAGCUUGUAUUGACCUCCAUCUGAAAUUAAAUCACAAAACGGGCUUUUUCUCUCCAAAUCCACCCAUCUACCAGAACAAUAGAAAGGGAUCUCUAAUCAUGCAGCACUAUGGGAUGAAUGGAUAUUCUCUGCAUGCCAUGAACUCACUCAGCGCAAUGUAUAACCUACACCAACAAGCGGCACAGCAGGCACAGCAUGCCCCCGACUACAGACCAUCUGUCCACGCACUUACACUGGCAGAGAGACUUGCUGACAUUAUCUUAGAAGCCCGCUAUGGAUCCCAGCAUCGCAAACAGAGAAGGAGUCGCACUGCGUUCACGGCACAGCAGCUGGAAGCUCUGGAGAAGACCUUCCAGAAAACUCACUAUCCUGAUGUGGUGAUGAGGGAGAGGCUUGCCAUGUGCACCAACCUGCCAGAAGCUCGAGUACAGGUUUGGUUUAAGAACAGAAGAGCCAAGUUUCGUAAGAAGCAGAGAAGUCUUCAGAAAGAGCAGUUGCAGAAACAGAAGGACUCAGAAGUGAGCAGCAACAGUGAGAGCAAGGUUGACUCCGCCCCUGCGGAUCCUGCAACACCCAGCCACGACUCCAAGAAACCUUACAGCUCAGUGACUGAUACUAGCGCUGACCUUAACCUCACCCUCUCUGAACAGUCUGCAGGUGAAUCUGCAGGAGAAGAUCAGACUGACAAGGAGGAAGAGCCCAAAACACCACAUGCAGAACCCAAAAUAGAGAAAAUUCAAACCCCAGACACCAAGAUUCUGAAUUGCAAGAGAGCAAGCCCCAAAUCAGAAUCGCCAGUCAGUGCCACAAUGACGCCUUUAUCCAGCAGUUGUCUCACCCCAACCCAUUCUUAUUCAUCUUCUCCUCUCAGCCUGUUUCGCUUACAGGAACAAUUCCGCCAGCAUAUGGCAGCCACCAACAACUUGGUCCAUUACUCGUCCUUUGACAUGGCCAGUCCUCCAGCAGUGCCCUACUUGGGAAUGAAUGUCAGUAUGGCUCCUCUGAGUUCCCUCCACUGUCAGUCCUAUUACCAGUCACUGUCCCAUGCUCAGCAAGUGUGGUCUUCUCCCAUCCUCCAAACACCAGGAGGCCUCCCAAGCCUAAAUAGCAAAACAACUAGUAUUGAGAACUUAAGGCUCAGAGCAAAGCAACAUGCUGCUUCCUUGGGACUUGACACUCUUCCUAACUGACUUCAAAACAUUAGCCAAAAGAUGCUACAUUUAGAUGAGUGACUACCAAACGUUUGUUCUGUAAAUUAAUUUCUUUUCAUGUAGUGAAAACAGUGGCCAGCAUCUUGAACGCAUUUCUCCCCAACAUAAAUAGGUCAUGUUUGUCAAGGAAUGAUCAACUGGUUAUAUUCUAAUAACAGAUAUAGACUAAUUAAACUGUUGUCAAAUUGUAACAUCUUUGUACUGUGAGUAAACAAUGAUCAGAAGAGGGCUUGUAGACAAUAUUAUCUAUCUGUUGGCUAGGUUAUCUUUCUAAAACACCAUGAGGUCCACGUGAGCAAACAUCUUCCACAACCACACAGAUCUUGAAGAACAUUGAGAUGGAUGUAUCUGUGAUGCAUGAUUUACAAUAUUUAACCUAGAGGGACAUUCUGCUAUGGACCAUUGUAAGAAAUAAGUGUAUACGAGUGCGGGGGGAAGGGGUAA